GCCAGCCAUAGUCCAGCCAUCUCGCCAUCGUACACCUCUGCGCGGCCGCCAAGGCCUUGUGACUCCGCAAAAAUCUCGGUGUUUUCUUGGUAGACAACCACUCCGGUUCCAACACGUCGCAUCCCGUGUAGUUUCCUGAGGGAUCCAUCAGACCUCCUCCUUCUCCACCCCAUUCGAGGAUUUUUCUAGCCGCAUGCGAUCACCAAACUUGCUUGCUGUCUGGCCCCAUGGGGGGUUAAGGAAAGGGAGGAUCCGUUCGCCGUGGGGAUUGGUGUGAUGGGCAAGACGUUCCAGUACCGGAGGGGGCCGAUGUGGUUUCUGGCCAUUGCGCCAUGUGUUUGGUAGGCGCUCAAUGACCGGGUUGUGUAGGUUGAGCUUGUUGAAUCGAAUCCCGGUCGCCCUAUUGAUGUGGUCCAUUGCAAGUCGGAUUGGGGGCGUAGAUGACUCAAUCUCGAGUGCGUCGAUUGGGGUCGUUCGGAAUGCUG